CAAUAUAUCAUAUUAAUAAGUGCUUCACGUUAAUUCUUCUCCAAAUUAAUCAAUCUAAUUAGUAGUGAGAGUGAAAAUGUACAAGAUGAAGCUGAAGGAGCUGUGUGACCGGAGACGGUGGAGUUUGCCGGAGUACUAUGCCAUGAAUAUUGAUGGUCCACCGCACAAUCCGAGAUUUAAGGGGUAUGUUUUUGUCAAUGGUGUCACAUUUACUUCUUCUGAUACCUUCAAUUCCUCCAAAGAAGCCAAUAACCAAGCUGCUAUGAAAGCUUUCCUCAAAUUUUCUUCUACUCCAUCAGGCUCUUCAAUACCAAAAUAUGAAUAUGGUUUUAAAGAGGAAGUUGAAGCUGUCAAACCCAAACCUAAGCAAAGUCCAAUUCCACCACAAUCUCAAGUUAUUAUGAAUGAUACGUAUCGUUCGAGUGAGCUUCAGCUGCAAAACUAUGCUCGAAAGAACGAUCAUGAUCCACGCGUUUUUACGGUUAAAACGGAGGGGCUACCUCAUGACACUCGCUAUAAAGCUAAUGUUGUUAUUGAUGGCAAAUCAUAUGAAAACCUGACUUUAUUCAACACUAUAAAAGACGCAGAACAGGCUGCUGCAAAAAUUGCCGACAUGUUUCAGCAGGCAAGUGUCAUUAUAAUUUCUUAUGUGAUUCCAAAUUUACAUUUAUGUGUGGAUAUAUUUUAUGAUCAUCAAAUCCAUAACUAGAUAUUCGAGGUUAUAUAUCAAAAUAGAACUUGAUCUCAUUGACCUAUUAGCGUGUUAGUCUUUUUAUAUAAGAAACUCUUUCGCGAAAAAUAGUGAACCAGACCUUUAAACAAACUUU